AGGGCUACCACCCCGGCGCCGCGCCGCGGCAGGGCGUCAGCCCUGCCAGGAGCGGCGCCGCGGCCGGCGAUGCGCUCCAGGAGGGGCAAGCGGACGACCUGGGCGGCCUCGGCUUCGGCGACCUGGGAUGGAGUACCAUCCAGGGCUACGUCUUCGGAGUGGACGGCAAUGUCGCCGCCGACGAGGACGAAGGCAGCUCUGAAGAGUACAACGUCUGGGGAGACGAGGAAGACGGCGAGGACCUGCAACGCCGCAUCAGCGAGUCCAAGGACAGCGUCAACAUUCUGGCCAGGGGGGGCGUUCGAAGGCGGCUGCUCCCGGCGUCGAUGUCCGCGCUGAACGCGGGCCAGGGCGCCCGUGCUCGGAGGCGGCCGCGCCCGCGAGCUGCUGACCCCCCCCAGCGGCCGC